AUGUUACAUACAGGCUUUGUCAGUUGUAAGCGAUCCAAAACCAAGGUUCGGCAUGCUGUAACAACUGUCAUUGGAGAAUGGUUGUUGCACCUACGAGAUAGAUACUCAUAUUUUCACAAGUUGAUCCCUUUGUUACUUGGCGGCUUUACUGAUGAAAUUCCUGAAAAUAUGAAACUGGCUUGGACUUACUGGGAAAAGAUAGGCUUGCAGUGGGAGAAAGAGAAUGAAGAAGAUCUUAAGGAUAAAAUGGAUUUUAGUAUUUUGCCAUCUCAUUAUCCCAAAGGAGUGACUCGACCAGGACUAGGUUGUCGGGAACUUGUGUCAAGAAACCUCUCCAAAAUUCUUCCAGGUCUCUGUCAUGAUAUAACAGACUGGGUUGAAAGCACAAGAAUAAAAGCAUCCCAGCUUCUGUAUACAUUAUUGCUACAUGCAGAGGAUCACAUAACACAACACAUGGAGCUACUGCUCAGAACUUUGUACCAAGCAUGCUUGGAUGAAGAAAGCGAUGUCGUUAAAAAUUGUGUGAAAGCAGCAGAAUUGAUUGGAACUUUUGUCAGCCCUGAAGUGUCAUUGAGAUUAAUCACAUCAGCCUUUGGAAAGACACCUAAGCCUUCUUGUGUAAUGGUUCUAACUGCGGUGAUCCGAGGUAGCCCAAAAGAAAUCUUACAGCCUCAUUUGGCCAAUCUUGGCAACACACUGUCACAAGCUGGCGUUUGUCAACGAUCUGAAGAGGUCCUUUAUAUGGAGCAGUUGCUUUAUUGUGUACAAGCAUUGGUUGAAGUAUGCCAGGAAGACUGCAAAGAAAUUAGCUUCCAGCUAAUGAAAGUGUUGGUGACAAUAAUGGCAAUACCAUGUUCUGAGAACCUUAAAGAAAAGGUAGAGGAAACAAUGUCUUCAUUGGCUGAAGUGCAGCAAUUGGAUAGCUUUCUUUAUCUCUACAAACAGCAUAUAAUUCAGCUUAUGGAAUGGGUUUCAGUAUCAUGUGAUUGUUGGGCCUGCUAUUCACCAGAAAUAUUACAGUUAGAUGUCAUCGCAACCCAUUCAGGUCCUGUCAUAGGUGAAGCUCUGAAUGACUUUAUUCUCAUUCUUAAGACGUGUCUUCAACCAAACAAAGAUCCCCAGAUGCGGUUAAAACUUUUCACUGUUUUAUCACAGUUGCUCCAGAAAGCAAGUGAAACUGUCAAUUCUCAGGGGCUGUUCCCCAGCUACCUUGAGACUUUGAUAAAAGACAUACUGGCUCCUAAUCUGCAGUGGCAUGCUGGAAGAACAGCAGCUGCCAUCCGCACUACAGCUGUAUCGUGCCUUUGGGCUCUUAUUCACUGUGAAAUGCUUUCACCAAAAGAGAUCUUAACAGUCAAAGAUGGGCUAAUGCCCCAAAUCAUUGCUGCCAUGGAUGAAGACUCUAAAAUUACUCGACUGAUGGCUUGUCGUAUUGUUGGUGUUUUUUUAAAAGUCUGUGGGAAGCAGUUUGAUGAAGAUAAAUUUACCACCACUUACACAGAAGUUUUAAAGCGUCUGGAUGAUGCUUCAUGUGAUGUACGCCUGGCAGCUGCUCAUACCUUAACUAAUUGGUUUAAAUGUUUAGAGGACAGUGACAUGAAAUCUGCAAUGCAAAGUCAUAUUGAGUUUCUGUACCAAGAACUGUUGAUACACCUCGAUGACCCGGAUCAAAAUAUCCAAAAUGCAGUCCUAGAAGUUUUAAAAGAAGGAAGCGUUUUAUAUCCAGAACUGCUUGUGAAAGAAAUUGAAGGGGUUGUACAUAAGCAUCAAACACCAGUCUAUUGUAACCAACUGCUACAUCACAUUCAGUCAGCCAAAGAAUCAGCUUUAUGAAUCAGUGUGGAAAUUCUUUUUAGUAAACUGAAUGUGAAAUCUGUAUGAUCUGGAUUACGUUCAUAUUUUCAUUUGCUUAAGAAAGGCUGAGCAAUAAAUAGAUUGUUUUUUCUUUGUAAGUUCACUAUUGGCUCAUUUAAAAGUCAAAUUGGCACAAUUCUGUGUUCUUUGCUGUUUGAACUGUUCUUUGUAUUUGCUAGCAAUAAAACAAUGUUUUAAUUCAGUUUGCAUUGGAAGUUUUUCAGAUAAAAGAUUUAAAGGAGGAAUGUUUUUCAGAAAUUUGACACUAUAAUUGAGAAAGACAGCUAUUACUUUGUUAAAUAAAUUUAAUAUCAAAGUUCUUAAUGUGAUUCAGUGAGGACUCAGUCUUUCAAGGAACAUUUCAAACUCUGGAUAAAAUCAGACUUUGCAGAGUCAGGUGUGUGAGAAUCAGUUUUAUCAGGAAAAAAAAAAACCACACCCGAACUUCUCUUGCAUAAUGCAGCAAAAUUCUUGUAAUGUUUUGAGUACUCAUUAUACACAUGUAUAAUAGGGACAUAUUCUGAGUAGGUGUCACUAAAGGAAUAGUUCUUACUGUAUUACAUUUCAUGACUGAGAAUAAAGCUUAGCUUUUUUAAUUAACGUUUAUACAUAGGAGGAAAUGUGCUAUUUUGUCAUUUAGAUUAACAGUAUUUAUAUUUUUGUAUUAAAUAUCAGAUCUGCAGUUUUGAUGUUUGUACCAUUGUGCCUUGGAAAGCAAGCAACAUUUGUUUGCAUAUUACAUUGAAAUUAAAUUAUGCAACAUUAGGUUAAAGUGGUUUAUUUUUUU